UUGGGGGCAACUUCUGUAAAACUUCUGACAUUCAACGCUGAGUCGCGCGAGAGGCCAGCGCCGUCUGCCACUGAGCGCGCGCUACCAUAAUCAAACCUCGAGAUUGGACGAAAUGAGGCGACUCCGGCUCGUGCUUCUGGCCGCGUUGCUAUGGCGAUGCUGUCAUGCCCAGCAGAGAGGACUGUUCCCGGCUGUGUUGAACCUGGCAUCCAUGGCAGAUAUAACAGCUAAUGCUACCUGCGGUUCAUCGGGUCCAGAGAUGUUCUGUAAGCUGGUGGAACAUGUACCAGGCCAGCCUGUUAGAAACCCUCAGUGUCGAAUCUGCAACCAAAGGAGUGCCAAAACAUAUGAACUUCAUCCCAUAGAAUAUGCAAUAGAUGGGACCAAUCAGUGGUGGCAAAGCCCCUCUAUCAAGAAUGGAAUGGAGUACCACUAUGUGACUAUCACGCUUGACUUGAAACAGGUUUUCCAGAUCGCCUAUGUGAUCGUGAAGGCAGCCAACUCGCCUCGCCCAGGUAACUGGAUCUUAGAGCGUUCGAUAGACGGUGUGACCUUCGAACCCUGGCAGUACUACGCCAUCACGGACACAGAGUGCCUGACGAGAUUCAACAUUAACCCACGGAGAGGACCUCCGUCCUACACCAGAGAUGAUGAAGUCAUCUGCACGUCUUUUUAUUCGAAGAUUCACCCUCUGGAGAAUGGAGAGAUCCACACGUCUUUGAUCAAUGGCCGUCCGAGUGCAGAUGACCCCUCGCCGACCCUGCUGAACUUCACCUCUGCCCGUUACAUCAGGCUGGUGCUCCAGCGAAUCAGAACACUGAAUGCUGACCUCAUGACUCUGACACUCCGUGACCACAAAGAUAUCGACCCCAUCGUGACGAGACGGUACUACUACUCCAUUAAGGACAUCUCGGUCGGAGGCAUGUGUAUCUGUUACGGCCACGCCAAAGCCUGUCCGCUCAACACUGUUACAAAGAAGUUUAGCUGUGAAUGUGAACACAACACAUGCGGGGAGAGCUGUGAUCGUUGUUGCCCUGGUUACCACCAGCAGGCCUGGAUGGCUGGAACCUUCCACACUCGACAUAUCUGUGAGAAGUGUAACUGCCAUGGUAAGGCAGAGGAGUGCUACUUCAAUCAGACAGUCGCAGACCUGUCACUCAGCCUGGACAGCCAUGGUCAGUACAGAGGGGGCGGAGUCUGUAUCAGUUGUCGUGACAACACAGCUGGAAUCAACUGUCAGACAUGCAUUGAUGGAUUUUACAGACCCUCUGCGGUGAGCGCUGAGGAGGAGAACCCCUGCAUCCCCUGCUCAUGUGACUCGCACGGUUCUAUCAGCCAAUCGUGUGUCCGAGAUUCAAGCCAGGCUACGCCCAGCCAGCCAGCAGGGUCAUGCCGGUGUAAGGAGGGUUUUGGGGGUCUGCGAUGUGACAGGUGUGCUGUCGGUUAUAUGGGCUACCCGUCCUGCCAGCGCUGCAACUGCAGUGUUGAAGGAAGCACCAACGAUGACCCUUGUAUAACACCCUGUGUGUGCAAGGAAAACGUGGAGGGGGAAAACUGCGACCGUUGUAAACUGGGAUUCUAUAAUCUUCAAGGUGACAAUCGACGCGGCUGUGAAAAGUGCUCCUGUAUGGGCGUAGCCAGUCAGUGCUUUGCCUCCACAUGGACCUAUCAGAAUGAGACCACUCUGACGGGCUGGCACCUGGUGGGAGAUACAGGAAGAACAGUGUGGUCUGUUCACAGACAGACGCCUCCGUAUCUGAGCGUCCGACACUCAGAUGUUGUGACUGAUCUUGGCUCAGCCUACUACUGGAACGCACCUGGACUAUACCUGGGAAACAAGCUCCCGGCCUAUGGAGGGAGUGUGGUCUACACUGUGUCUUAUAAUAUAGACCAACAAGAGCAAAUGGCCAUCAGAGUCACCUCAGAACCUGACUUAAUCAUAGAGGGAGGCGGGAUCAAAAUUAUUGACCGAAGGUUUGGCCAGCCUGUGUACCCGUCCUCACCAAGCACCAACCACAUCGUUCUCCUCCCAGAGAACUUCCUGGUUUUGGAGAGCGCGCAGCCGAUUGGUCGGAGGGAUUUCUUGUCUCUGUUAGCCAACGUGACCAGAGUGAUGGUCCGAGCCUCCUACAGCACAGACCCCAGCGCUGUGUACAGACUUCACUCAUUCUCAAUGCAGGUAGCUAAUCCAUCUGCUAGAGGAGACAGGAGAGCAUCGGCUGUAGAAAUCUGCUCGUGUCCUCCUGGAUAUGCUGGAACUUCCUGUGAGACGUGUAUUCCUGGUUUUCGGAGGGUCAACGGGAUCUUGUAUAGCGGCGUGUGUGAAGCUUGUGAUUGCCACGGGCACGCCAGUCAUUGCCACGAAGUCACGGGACACUGCCUGGAUUGCUUCCACCACACGACGGGCCACCACUGUGACACCUGCCUACCUGGUUACUACGGCAACGCCACCCGUGGGUCACCUGCGGACUGCCAGCCCUGCACCUGCCCGCUCAAUCUUCCUAGCAACAAUUUCAGCCCCACCUGCCACCUAAGUGAGGAAGGGGAGUUGCUGUGCGACCAGUGUCAGCCUGGAUACACAGGACCACGAUGUGACAGAUGUUCCAAUGGAUACUACGGCCAGCCCACCGUGCCAGGGAGUUCAUGCCAGCCCUGUGAUUGCCAUGGCAACCUGGACCUAUCCAUACCUGGCAGCUGUGAUCCAAUCACAGGCCAAUGUCUGCACUGCCGUCGAGGUUAUGGCGGCGCGCGUUGCGACAGUUGUGCUGAAGGUUACUAUGGAGAUGCCAUCACAGCAAAAAACUGCCAGCCCUGUCAGUGCCACACUAAUGGCUCUGUAUCUGAGGUGUGCAGUAAGGAGACUGGACAGUGCCGGUGCAGAGAAAACGUGGUCGGACGACAGUGCGACGAGUGCAUGCCUCAGACUCACGGCAUCACCACAGGUGGAGUGUGCGUCCCGUGUCACUGUAACUCCUUUGGCUCCAAGUCGUUUGACUGUGAUGAGAACGGUCAGUGUCGGUGCCAGCCGGGCGUCACUGGACCCAAAUGUGACCGGUGCUCCCGUGGAUUCUUCAACUUCCAGGAGGGCGGCUGCACACCCUGUCAGUGCAGUCACGUGGGGAAUAACUGUGAUGCUAACACAGGACAGUGUAUCUGUCCUCCGAACACCAUUGGUGAGAGGUGUGACCGCUGCGCUCCCAACCACUGGGGCCAUGAUAUCAUCACGGGAUGCAAGGAAUGUGGCUGCAGUGUGAUCGGCUCGGUCACCCAGCAGUGUAACGUCAACACAGGCUGCUGCUUCUGUCACGACUCCUUCAGAGGGGAGAAAUGCAACGAAUGUCAAAUUGGAUAUAGGGACUUUCCUCAGUGCACCCAGUGCGAGUGCAACAUCGCAGGAUCGGACAGCCAGACCUGCGACCUGGAGAGGCAAGUGUGUGCGUGCGCAGACCGAACGGGGAAGUGUAGCUGCAAGGCAAAUGUGGAAGGAGACAACUGCGACCGCUGUAAGCCAGACACGUUUGGCUUGUCGGUACGAAACCCGCACGGCUGCAGCAAGUGCUACUGUUACGGACUGACGCAGUACUGCACAGAGGCCCCAGGGCUCAUCAGGAUGUGGUUAACGCUGAAGCCUGAGCAGACGGUGCUCCCCCUGGUGGACAAAUCCAACACUGUGGAGACGAGGAGAGGAGUGAGCUUCCAGCACCCUGAGAUCCUCGCCCAUGCAGAGCUGGUCACCUCGACUCUCUCUGAACCCUACUACUGGAAACUGCCAGAACAGUUCAGCGGCUCUAUGAUCACGGCGUACGGUGGCCAGUUGAAAUACGCUGUGUACUACGAGGCCAGAGAUGAAACCGGCCCCUCCUCCUAUGAGCCUCAGGUCAUCAUUAAGGGCGGUCCUAACCGCAAUAUCUUGAUGACACGUCACAUACCAGGCCUCCAGAUUGGUCAGCUCACCCGCCACGAGAUCGACAUGACGGAGCAUGAGUGGACGUACGCAGAUGGCCGGUCCAUGACUCGAGAGGACUUCAUGGACAUUUUGUUCUAUGUGGACUACAUCCUAAUAAAGGCAUCACAUGGAAACUUGAUGCGACACAGCCGUAUUUCAGAAAUCAGCCUAACGGUGGCCGAAGAAGGCAGACCAACCAAAGAGAGCGAGAGAGCGCAGCAGAUAGAGAAGUGUGACUGUCCUGUCGGAUACUCUGGGCUCUCCUGUGAGGAGUGUGCUGCAGGUUUCUACCGCCUUCGUGCUGGUUCUCUGGCAUCUGCUCCAGCGUCCAGGGUGCCCACUGCUGCCGGCAUGGGCAGCUGUGUUCAGUGCCAAUGCAGUGGGCACUCUUCCACCUGUGACCCUGAGACCUCCAUAUGCCAGAACUGCCAAGACAACACGGAGGGCGAUCGAUGCGAACGCUGCGCUCCGGGAUUCUACGGUGUGGUCCGAGGUUUUGUCGAUGACUGUAAACCCUGCGCCUGUCCCCUCACCAACCCGCAGAACAAUUUCAGUCCAACCUGUGUAGCGGAGGGAUUCGAUGACUACCGAUGUACAGCCUGUUCGGAGGGAUAUGAGGGCAAAUACUGUGAGAGGUGUGCUACUGGUUACCAUGGUAACCCGCAGAUGCCCGGCGGCCGCUGCGAAGAGUGUAAGUGUUCCUUGUGGGGGGCGUUGCCUGGACCGUGUGACCCAGUCACGGGCCAAUGCCGCUGCAGGGUCGGUGCAUCGGGAAAGUCGUGUGACCAGUGCAUGGACAGGCAUGUGUGUGGACCAGCUGGGAUCAUCUCCUGUGAUGAUGAAUGCUCGGGUCUGUUGAUCAGUGAUAUGGAUCGCCUGUAUCGCAUCAUCACUGAGGUCACGCUGACCACACCCCUCCCACCACCUUAUAAGGUGUUGUACCGCUUCGAGAACAUGACAGAGGAACUGAAGCACAUGCUGUCACCUCAGAAGGCUCCGGAGAGAUUACUGCAACUGGCCGACUCCAACCUGGAGUCGCUGGUCGUUGAGAUGGACCAGCUGCACAGUCGGGCCACUAAGGUGUCUGCUGACGGAGAGCAGGUUGAGGAUGAUGCUGACAGGAUUCAUAAACGAGCUGAGGACCUGGAGCAGUUCAUCAGGGAUACACUGCUGGGAGCUAAAGACCUCCAGUUAAAGGCUGCCGAGUUGAACCAGACUCUCUCGCGGGGAGAUGGAACUCCAGACAAAAGCCUGAAGGAGAUGAAGGAGGAGAUCCAGGCCAUGCUAGCCGAGAUGAGAGAACGACAGCUGGGAGGGAGGAAGAGCAUCGCUGAGGAGGAGAAGGACCUUGCGGAGGAGCUGUAUCAGAAAGUGAAGAGAUUAUUUGGUGACCCCCAUCAGGCCACAGAAGACCUGAAAGCAGAGAUAAAAGAGAAGCUCUCCGACCAUGAGGGGAAGCUCCAGGAGGCCCAGGAUCUGGUCCACUCCGCUCAGGGAAAGACGAGGCAGGCUGGCUCACUGGCAGAACAAAACAAAGCUAACCUCACAGCCUUGGAGAGGAAGCGCUCUGCGGUGAGCGGAGUGAAGCAGGAAGCACAGGAGGUCCUUGGGGAAGGAGAACGUCUGCUGGAUGAAGCAAACCAGCUUUCUGACAACAUUAACAAGGAGAUAGAGGACUUGGAGGAGAUGGAAAGAGACCUGGAUCCUCUUCACAACCGGCUGAAUGAUAAAGUCGGUCGCCUCACCAAUGGUUUAAGUGACGGCAGCCUGGCUAAUCACGUGCACGAUGCAGAGGAACACGCCAAGCAGCUGAACGAAUCUGCCGCCCUGCUGGACGGGAUUUUAGCCGAAGCUAAAAAUCUGUCCUUCAAUGCAACAGCUGCCUUCAAGGCCUAUAGCAACAUUAAAGCUAAUGUUGAUGCAGCGGAGAAAGAGGCAAAGGCAGCCAAGCAGAGGGCAAGUGAGGCACUGGCAAUGGCUUUGGGUCCAGAGGUCCCAGUUAAGGAAGCAGCUCAAGGUGCCCUUCAGAAGAGUCGCAGACUGCUAAACCAAGCUAAACAACUUCAGAAUGAUGUUGAAGAGAAUGCAGAUAGUGUGGCCUCACUGAAGGGUAGAGUUAAAGCAGCAAGAGACAAAACCAAAGACCUGCUGAAAGCUGUCAACGGAACCAUGGAAACGCUCCACGCUAUCCCCAAUGACACAGCAGUUAAGCUAGCAGCCACAAAGGCUGUAGCAGCAGAUGCUAACGCCACAGCCAUCGACGUCCUGGAGCGCCUUGGGGACUUGAACCUGCAGCUCCACGGCCUACAGAGGAACUACAGUGACCUGGAGGACACUGUCAAUACAGCCAAUCAGAUGAUCCAGGACCCGGAGAAAAACACCAUCAUCCACGCUGCAGGAGCUAAAGUGAAGGACUUAGAGGAUGAGGCUGACCGGCUGUUGGAGAAGCUGGAGCCAAUCAAAAAGCUGCAGGACAAUUUGAGGCGAAACAUCUCACAAAUCAAGGAGCUGAUCAACCAAGCCAGGAAACAAGCUAAUUCAAUCAAAGUAUCAGUGUCAUCAGGUGGUGACUGUCUCCGUAGUUACCGCCCUGAUAUCAGGAAAGGGAGGUACAACACCAUCACCCUCCACGUUAAGACCACCACCCCUGAUAACCUGCUCUUCUACCUGGGAUCAGCCAAAUAUGUUGACUUCCUCGCCUUAGAGAUGCGUAAGGGGAAGGUGAAUUUCCUGUGGGAUGUGGGUUCAGGCGUGGGGAGGGUCGAAUAUCCCCAUCUCACCAUCCACGAUGGGAACUGGCACAGAAUAGAGGCGUCUCGUAAUGGGCUGAAUGGCACCAUAUCAGUAUAUCCUCUGGAAGGCACUAUGGCUGGUAUGAUGCCGACCCCGGCCAGUGCCAACUCACCCACAGCCUACACCAUCUUGGACGUGGACCAGAACGCCUACCUGUUUGUAGGAGGAAUACUCGGCACUGUCAAGAAAGCAGAUGCAGUCAGAACAUCAACGUUCACGGGGUGCAUGGGGGAGACCUUCCUGGAUGGUAAACCCAUUGGACUGUGGAACUACAGAGAGAGACAGGGAGACUGCAAAGGAUGUGCUGUCAGCCCCCAGCGUUCAGAUGCUGAGGGGACAGUUCAGCUGGAUGGUGAAGGCUACGCCGCAGUGGGACGACCCACCAGGUGGAACCCCAAUGUUUCCACCGUGACCUUUAAAUUUCGCACAUUCUCCUCCGAUGCCCUGCUCAUGUAUUUGGCUACUGAAGAUAUGAAGGACUUCAUGUCCCUGGAGCUGUCAGAGGGCAAGGUGAAGGUGAACUUUGACCUCGGGUCAGGAGUUGGCAGUGCCAUAACAGCUAACCGCCACAAUGAUGGACGCUGGAAAUCCCUCACCAUGUCACGGAACAAGAAACAAGCCACGGUGACUGUUGUGGACAUCGACAGCGGCGCUGAGGAGAAGUUAGUGGUCACAUCUCAAGGUUCAGCUACUGGUUUGAACCUUAAAGAAAACCAGAAGAUCUAUUUUGGAGGGCUGCCUACCAUUGGAAACUACAGCAUGACAGCCAGGCCAGAGAUCAUUCUGAAGCGCUAUGCCGGAUGCCUUCGGGAGAUUGAAGUGUCCAGGACUCCAUAUAAUCUCCUCAGCAGUUCAGAUUAUACUGGGGUGACUAAAGGAUGUAAUGUAGAGAACCUGUACACGGUCAGUUUCUCUAAGCCGGGAUACAUGGAGCUGGGCGGCCUGUCGCUGUCAGCUGGCACAGAGAUCAGCCUGUCGUUCAGCACUCUGGCAGACACCGGCACCAUAUUACUGGCUGUAGGUGGAGCUCCAGCAAUCAGCCAGCAGGCCCGAAACGCAAACAGUGUGAUCUCCAAGAGGAGACGCAGGCAGUCUGUGGAGCCUUACCUCUCAGUCAUGCUGAACAAAGGCUCUCUGGAGGUCCUGGUGUUUACCGGCAGCCACAGUCCACGUCGUGUCGUCAGACGGCCUGAGCAAGGCAUCCUGAAUGAUGGGAGAGAGCAUUCGCUGCGCAUAGAGAGGCUUGCCGGCAGAUCUUUUGCGGUUCAGGUAGACGAGGAGGCCAAGAGGGAGGCAGCGCUUCCUAACGACCAGCCAGUGAGCUUGCAGCGCAUCUUCCUUGGUGGUAUUCCCGCAGAAGUGGAGCAGACGUCCAACAGGGCCAACGUCCCAUUCCAGGGAUGCAUAUGGAACCUCAUGAUCAACUCUGUUCUCUCAGAUUUCUCCCAGCCCGUAUCCUUUGAGAACGCUGAAAUCGGCCAGUGCCCCAACCUCGCACCGCUGCCGCCGCCUCCACCUCUUCUGCCGGAUGAGGAGGAGCUCGAGAAGGAAAAGGAGGAGUCGAAGCCACUGAGGCCUCCGGUGACCCCAGCUCCCGUUACGCCCCCUCCAGGUCCUCCUGCUGAGGCCACGCCCCCUGCCGCACCUGCUACCACGCCCACUGCUGCUGCAGCCCCUCCCACUGCUAAACAGGAGCACAGCGCUGACAUGGAUUCGUGUGCAUCAGCUGUGGCCCCGACAGCACUCGAGAACGCUUAUCAGUUUGGACUGACCAGGAACAGCCACAUGAGCUUCGCCUUCGACGACACCAAAGUCAGAGAGAGGCUUAUACUGGAGUUUGAGCUGAGGACGAGGGAGGAGUCCGGUCUCGUUCUCUACAUGGCGAGAAUCAACCACGCUGACUUUGUUUCCAUACAGAUCAAAGACGGACAGGUUUGUCUUGGUUACGAUCUCGGUCAUGGAAACAUAUCCGGCUGCGUCCCCUUCUCCAUCAAUGACGGGAACUGGCACAAGAUCCGUGUGAGUCGUAACAAGCAGAGGGGUCUGCUUAUGGUUGACGGGCGAUACAGUAAACAGAUGACCAGCCCAAAGAAGGCUGACCUGUUGGACGUGGUGGGAGUGCUGUAUGUGGGCGGAUUACCUCAAAACUACACCACCAAGAGAAUAGGACCGAUUCUCUACAGCAUCAAUGGAUGUGUCCGUAACUUAAAGAUGGUGGGAAGUCCUGUAAGCACUAAAUCAGCCACUACAGGUCGCAUUGAAGCUGUCAAUGAGGACUUUAAAUUGAACAUGGCCACGCCCACUUCGAGUCACAUGGUAGGAAGAUGCUUUGUCGCUACCGAGGCGGGCACCUAUUUUGACGGCACUGGUUUCCUGAAAGCAGUCCCUUCUUACAGAGUGGGUCUAGAUGUGUCCAUAGCAUUAGAGUUCAGAACCAGCAGAACCAAUGGAGUGCUUUUGGCCGUCAGUAACCAAGACAGCGACGGACUGGGACUGGAGAUCGUCCAGGGCAAGCUGCUCUUCCACGUUGACAACGGAGCUGGCCGAAUCACAGCUGAGCACACGCCCGAGGGGGAAGGCUUCUGUGACGGCCAGUGGCACUCCGUCACGGCCGCCAAGCAUCGCCACAGGGUGGAGCUGGUGGUCGACGGGAGGCAGAGCCAGGCGGAGAGUCCCAACCCGCGUUCCAACACGUGUGACACCAACGACCCCAUCUAUGUCGGAGGAUAUCCUGAUGGAGUCCGUCAGGCGGCUCUCUCUACCAGCACUUCCUUCAGAGGUUGUUUGAGGAGCCUGAAGAUCACCAAGGCUUCUAAGACCAUGGAUGUGCAGUUCAACAAGGCUCUGGAGCUUAAAGGAGUCCAGCCUCUCUCCUGCCCUGCUGUGGCUGCCUAACCUGCCACUGAGCUUUGUGUUUUUUGAUAGUUUCCCCGAUACAGUACUUCUCCAUGGAAAUGCACUGGGCACGUUGUUUUAAUAACAAAAAAAUGUAAAUUUAUCCCAUUUGUUGAAAUUAAUUUUAACAAACAUCUGUACAACAUCUCAAAAAUUCUUUAGGUCCACCCCCACAUUUUCAAUAAGAGACCCUGCUGAUCUGGUCAAUCUGGUAAUGGCUACUCACUGAGGACCCAAAAGUCUUUUAAAAUGUGCUUUAGAGUUGGUCCACCACGUUUUUGAGAAGGAAGAUGUUAGUGUUAAUACCUGUGCUGUGGUUCCAGGUGCUCACAGUGUUAAUUAUAUGUUGGGAUGUGAACUUUAAAUCAGUUUUGUGUUUCAGUGAAAUCCCUCUCGCAGAGGCAGAACAGCAUAAUUUGAGUCCUUUGAUUAUAAUAUUUUACCCUUGUUAAACAAACUAAGAAAAUUACAGUGUAUUAUCCGUGUGUGUGUGUGCGUGUCCUACAUAAACCUUGUUCCCUGCACACCAGUUGAGAAAGUCUAAAUCAUUUCAUCGCUCACUUUUUCUUUCCUAACGGAAUAGUUUAAACAGAAGCGAACAUCAUGUAGGCGUCCUGUUUUUAGAGUUCAAAAAGUGACCAAAGAGAGAAAAAAGUCAACAUCUCUAAAGCCAGAAGAGUUUAGGUCCAGAUUAUAUUUCAUUUCCUAAUUACAUAAGAAAUAACGUGUAAAUCUGGGACAGGAAUAAAAGUAGUAAAGUGCUACAACACACGGUGAUGAUGGUGAGAGCAUCUUUUUUUUGGGGGGGG